AUGUGUGGCAUCUUUUGUCUGCUGAGUCUGUCCCCCACUCAGUGUGAGUGGGACAAAACGGUUCAUGAACAUUUGAAGAGAAGAGGGCCCAACUUGAGCCAGGACCUCACAGUUCGAGGCACAAAUCCCUGCUAUCAGUGCCUGUUCUCUGCCAACGUUCUCCACAUGAGAGGUCUUCUUACCCCUCAGCCAGUUCAAGACAACACUGGAAAUGUCCUAGUGUGGAAUGGGGAGAUUUUCGGAGGUCUCCCAGUGAUGCCAGAGGAGAAUGACACUGCUGUUGUCUCUCAGCGGCUUUCGUCCUGUGACAGCCCUUCAGAGAUUCUGUCAGUCCUGUCCACUGUACGAGGACCGUGGGGGUUUGUUUACUACCAAAAGGCCGGAGACUACCUCUGGUUUGGAAGAGACUUCUUUGGAAGGAGGAGUUUGUUGUGGAAAUUUGAUGAAGAUGUCAACGCUUUGACCCUGACUUCUGUGGCAGCCCGCAGUUCUGGACCUGCUCAAUCUGCUUGGCAGGAAGUCCCAGCAGUUGGUGUGUACAGGAUUGACCUGAAGGCAGUAACAGAGGCCGGCUCAGUGACGUUUGAGGUUUAUCCCUGGGCUCAUGGGGGAAACGAUCUUGACUCGAUCUACAGUCAAACUAUAUUGGAGUCCGUCCCCAGCGGCUGCACUGCUGUGAUGAACCAGUCCGGCCUCGUACUCACCUCACCCGUGUGCCCACUUAAUAAAUCCAUCCCAAAGUCGUUAAAUGAGGAAGAAAUUCAUCCAAACUCACUUUUACACGUUAAGGAUCUGGAGCAGCUGCUUGCAAGCAAAGAGAAAAACGACGAAGUGAACCGUCUUAUUGAUGUUCUCAGCGAGGCAGUAAGGCGACGUGUUCAGUCUCUGCCGUUCAAAGCACAAGACAAUUCUCCUUCUAAUGAACUUGCUAGUAUUGCCAUACUCUUUUCCGGAGGUAUCGAUUCAAUGAUCCUGGCUGCCUUAGCUGACCGUCACAUACCUGCUCAUCAACCAAUAGACCUUCUGAAUGUAGCGUUUAAACUACAGGUGCCAAAGAAGCAGAAAGAGUCUGCAAAGAGACCCGGAAAGCACAAAAAUAAGCCCACACAAUUUAAGACCGACGGAGCCGAUUCCCAAACAUCCGGCCCCUUUGACGUUCCAGACAGAAUCACUGGGAAAGCCGGUCUCAAGGAAUUACAAGACUUGAAUCCUGAGAGAAGAUGGAAUUUCGUUGAAAUUAACGUAACAAAGGAAGAGCUGCAGGAAAUCCGCCAGGAGCGCAUUUGUCAUUUGGUGUAUCCGCUUGAUACGGUGCUUGAUGACAGCAUUGGAUGUGCUGUGUGGUUCGCAGCGAGAGGAACAGGGUUCAUCAUGGAGGACAGUGACCAGAGGCCCUUCACUUCAUCUGCAAAGGUCAUUUUGACAGGGAUCGGAGCGGAUGAGCAGCUUGCAGGUUACUCCAGACACAGAGUCCGAUUUACAGUGUCCGGACACGAGGGACUGAUCCAGGAACUGGAAAUGGAGCUGCGCAGGAUCCCUUCCAGGAAUUUGGGCAGAGAUGACAGAGUGAUAGGGGACCACGGGAAAGAGGCUAGAUUUCCCUACUUGGACGAAGAUGUGGUGAGCCACUUGAAUUCUCUGCCCGUGUGGGAGAAGGCAGACCUGUCACUUCCUCGAGGUGUCGGGGAGAAACUCCUCCUGAGACUGACAGCGAAGCAGCUGGGCCUCGGCCAAUCAGCCGUCCUGCCCAAGAGAGCCAUGCAGUUUGGCUCCCGCAUCGCAAAGAUGGAGGCCCACCAUGAAAAGGCCUCUGACAAAUGCACAAGACUCCUCACUGAGUAGAAAAAUCAUUGGUCUUA